AUGGCUGAUAAGAGUCAGAUGUGUCUGCUGGGACUCGUUCUCUCUGCACUUCUCACAGGUACCGGUGGAGCGCGUGAUACUCAUGUGUUCUGCAGUUCUGGUGAAAAUGUCAGUCUGCCCUGUAAUAAUGCUCUUUUUGGCUGUACAUCAACUGCAUGGAUGUAUAGCAAACAAUCAGGGACAGUUGAACUGAUUUAUGGAGGAAAAAAGAAGAAAGACAUAGAGAGAUCUGAGAGACUGAGUCUGGGCUCUGACUGCUCUCUGAACAUCACUAAAGUCACGAAAGAAGAUCAUGGAUCUUACAUCUGCCGGCAAUUUGUGACUGGAAAACAAGGAAAGAAUGAACAACAAGGAAAUGAUUCACGCGUUUAUCUGCAUUUUCUUCAUGUCACUUCAUCCUCCUCUCAGAUCAGUCCAGGCAGCUCUGUGACUCUCUCCUGUCAGUUGUAUUGUGAUCUAAUCUCUUGUGAUUCUUUGGUCCGUGAUGAAGUUCAGCUGAUCUGGGUGAAUCAGUUUGGUGUGAAUCUACAGACAGACUCCAGAUAUCAGAUCUCAUUCUCCUCAGAACACUGUAACAUCUCUCUGACUACAAAACUCCAGAAUGAAGAUCUCAACAGAGAGUGGAGAUGUGAGGUUACUCAGAGAAAUCAACCGAAGACCUCGGUCACGUAUACUGUCAAGUAUUCAGCUGCAGUCGAUUCAACAAAACCGCUCCCAGUCAAGAAUAAACCAAGACAAACUACACGACCAGCUGCAGUCGAUUCAACAAAACCGAUUCCAGUCAGCAGCUCCGAGAAGAAACCAAGACAAACUAAACCAGCAGCUCAAGAUGCAGCUGAUAGCGCGUGUAAGACGUAUACGUUAUUCAGAGUCAUUGUGAUUAUUGUUGAGAUCGCAGUGUUCGUUGCUCCUACUGUCGUUCUUCUUCAGAUCAGCUGUGUUAAAAGAGCUGGCAGGAAGAUCUCUCGCCACCCAGAGGAAAUAGAGAUGCCUACAGUAUUACAAUAACGUACUCUCAUAAUACUACUUAUUUUCAUAUUUGUAGAUAUACGCAUACAGCUUUCGGUGUUAUUUUUACAGCGCUUUUUAUUUUACAGAAUGCUUUAAAUAUUAAAUAAACCGAUACAUGUGCGAUUAUUUACGCAAAAAUGUAUUUUUAUAUUUAAAAUAAAUUAAAUUUAAGUGUUUUAUUGAUCCA